CUUAGUGUCCCUUUAACUCUAUACAUGAGAGCUGAUGCCUGCAACUCGCAUUAUGUCCAUAUGUGUGUGUUCAUGUAGACAGUACACUCUCUGUCUCUUCUCACUGCCCUAUCCACAAAGCUUGCUGAAGUCCCUCACGUCUUUCCUUCCCCCACUUUUUUGACACUUGAUGCCUCUGUUAUAUACAUGCUUUGUAAAAGCAGCAGCUGUCUGCUGCCUCAAUCUCAUGCUUCCAUCUAUUUUCUUUCUCUAGCAAGCAUCACACAAGAAGACCAUUCUGACCCCUCCCUUACCACCACCCUCCUCCUUAUUAAACAUAACUUUAGCUGGAUCCUUGUCGAAUGGUGAAAUAAAUAUUUCUUUCCUUCUCAGUAGAGGAGCAGAGGUUAAACAUUCGGGAUUCCAUGUUUAAGGAUACAGAUACUUUUUAGAACUAAGUUUAUAGACACAACACUUUUUGUUUUUAUCUUCUAUAAGCUCUCCAGUGUCUUUUUUCUUUUGUUUGACACGAACAAUACAUGUCUUCUUGGAGGCUGCUCCAGCUACCCACCCCCUGAACAGAUGUCAGGGUGGGAAUAAAACUCUUCCCUCGGGACCACUUCAGAAGGGGAGGUGAGAUAUUAAAUUGUAUGAGAAGAUGUUUUGGAGUGUUUUUGGAGGAUGGUCUUGUACAGACGACAUGUACCGCAGGAUCUUAUAAUAACAACAGAAUAGUAACAGAAAACCCAGUUCCUUGGGGGAAGUGAUAGCGGACGUCAUAGAACAUCUACGAAUUCCAUGGCGAAGUGGUUUAAAGAGUAUCUUUAUAGUUUUGGGAGCAGGAGAUCUCCACCGCAGCCACCCAAACCAGAUUACUCUGAAAGCGAAAUUAUCCGUGCAUACAGAGCACAGAAAAAUCUGGAUUUUGAAGAUCCAUACGAGGAAAAGGAGCAUGUGUUGGAACAUGCAGAGUCCCCAGCUAGGGUUGCUGGGUUCCAAGUAACAAUCCUGCCCCCUAGACAGAGACUUAUCAAAGUGGAGCAGACAGAAAAUAACUGGAGCAGGAGGCCUAGACUUGGAGCAGCCACUGAGGAUGAGGACAUGAUGAAUAAGGUCUCAAUUGGCAGUGAAUAUUCUGACCCAUUUGAUGUAAAGAAUAAAUGUAUCUCAGAAAAUGGAGAAAUGGAACAUUCUAGUUAUAUGGAACCGUAUGAGAAUGAUGGCGAAAUUGCUGGUCAACUGUCUUCAGCAAAAAGUGAGGUAGAGAGAGGGUUACAGUUGUAUGACUGUCCUUAUGAAGAACGAUAUCGGGGAAUUUUUCAGGACAGUCGUCAGCCAUCAGAUGAUGAGAGGCCUGCUGAUGAAUAUGACCAGCCGUGGGAGUGGAAAAAAGAGGACAUUAACAGAGCAUUUGCAGUGCAAUUUGAGGGCUCGAGUUGGCAGCACAGUUCUCCCACAAGGAGACAUCUGCUUCUACAUUCCAAACCCAGGAGUCCAGGUUCUCACAAUCUUCAAAGCACAUCCACAUCCUCCAUCCAUAGCUUUGAGAAGGAAAAUGGGUCCACCUCAAAAGAAAGAUUAAGUGCCUUAGGUGAGCCCAAGGACAUCAGUCUGCCACUACACAGACAGGCGUGGUACCACGGAGCUCUGAACCAUGUAGGCGCGGAGAAACUGCUGCGUGAGGUGGAUCUGGGUGCUUUUUUGUUGCGAACAGAAAAUGAGAGUGUUCAUUAUCUCUCUAUAAGGGGAUUUCACAGCAUCCUUCAUGUUAAGGUGGCAUGUAUAGAAGAUGGCCGUUACCAGCUCGUUGACAGUGGUCCAUCCUUCCCUUGUGUUUUCGAUCUGGUCCAGCAUUACAUCCAAAGUCCACUUGUUGUACCAGGAGAGGAAAAGUUGUGCCUUCAGUGUCCAGUGUCUGUAGUAGAUAGGUGACAACAGCAGACAUGCAGACAAUCACAGAAAAUUCCAAAUUUAUAAUCUGACAUCUGUGCCCGGUGGCUAUUUCAGUUUUCCGUUUCCACUGGAUUGUAUAGGUGAUAACCUGAAAUCUCACCCAGUGAAUGUCACAUGGGGUUAGAGGAGAAAAUGAAUAUAUUAUCACGUUGUAUAAGCUUA